CUCCUGAUAUCCCGAGCAUCCAGCAGGCCUACUCCAAAAACAGCGACAGCAUCACUGUUGAGUUUACCACCUCCACCGGGGCGACCAGCUACAUCCUGAGGGCCGAGUCAAAGACAGGGGAUUUUUUUUCUGAGACCAGUGUGCCGAGCUCCCCGGGCACCGUGGUGCAGCUGCAGCCCUACACGGACUACAUCCUGAGCGUCAUGUCUGUCAACUCAGGGGGACGGAGUCAGCCUUCGUACCCCACCGAGGCCAGGACAGUUGUGACUGCACCCCAGUUGAACACAUCUUCACCGAGCAACGAGACCAUCUUUGUGACCUGGCCCCCCGUGAAAAACGCCGCCCUCUACUCGCUGGUUAUCAUCAUGGAGGGCUCCAGCACCCGCCUGAAGCUGAACACCACCAACACCUCUAUGACUUUUGACCACCUCCAGGCAGGAACCACGUACUGCAUCAAGGGCACGGCCUACGACUCUGACGGCCGACCUGGGGACGACCUCACCGUCUGCCAGAUCACACGUCCUUCCAGCCCUGAUGUGACCUUGGUCGAGGUGACUCAGGGCCGGUCUCUUGGGAUCACAGUCUACUGGGUAUAUGUGCAAGGGGCCAAAAACUACUUGGCCUGGACAUCCAACGGUCAAAAUUGUUCUACAGACAACACGUACUGCUUCAUCCUUCCUCAGGAGUGUGGUCAGAACCACACGGUCUCUGUGAUAGCCUACAACGAGGCCGGGCCCAGCAGCCCCUCACAACCCACCAACUACAUCACUUACCCCUGUCCCCCAGAUAACAUCUGGGUGGAGGAGCCCACAGCUGGGAACUGCUCUGUGAUGUGGGAAAAGGUGCCACUGGUGGAUUACUACAUAACCUUCAUCAAGAGGGACGACGGGAUAGAGAAGACGUGCAACACCACCGAGGCCAGUUGCCCGUUCUUCUGCGUGUGCGGCUACACGUACCUCACCAGCGUGUUCCCCUACAACCAGGCCGGCACCAGCCUCGUCGCAAACGUCCGCAACUACACAACCAUUCCCUGUUGUCCACAAGACGUCACUGUGAAGCUGGUGUCUACCGAGACCCUCGAGGUCAUUUGGUCGCCGGUCAAAGGGGCAGAGGUGUACGAGACCACCGCAGUGGAGACUGGCGGCAUCGUCCACUGCAACGACACGUCUCCMGUGUGCGCGCUGUCCGAUCUGCACUGCAACACGCCCUAUUCUGUGACGGUGACCCCCUGCAGCGAGCUGCGAGGGUGUAACCUCACCUGUGCACCGAGCACAAAAGAGACAGCUCCCUGCACUCCAGAGAUCCUGAACAUGACACAGACCAGCAGCUCAACAUACAGAGUCCUCAUAACCACCCCGAACUCAGGCAACACAAACUACACCAUCUCUGCCACGGCACCUUACAGCACUGUGACAUGUCAGACAAGAAACAGCUCCUGUGAGCUCACACAGCUGCCCUGCGGUGCCACCUUUGGGGUCACAGCCAUGGCCACCACAGCAGCAGGCAGAAGUCUGCCUGGAUUCAGUAAAACCCUGGAAACAGGUCCGUGCUGCCCCUCAUCGGUGAAGGUGACUCAGGUCACUCAGGCGAUGACCAACGUGACCUGGUCGUCCAGCGGCGGCGCUCGCUCCUUCAUAGCCCACCUGAUGUCCCCACGAGGAGAGGCCAAGUGCCACACGCUGGACACCAACUGCUUGAUGGGAUGCAUCACCUGCGGCACCAACUACAGCGUGAACCUGGACGCCAUCAGCACCACGGGACUCAAGUCUCAGUGCACAUACAGUGGCUUUUCAUCCAGUGCCUGCUGUCCAACCGGAGUCAAGCUCUAUCGCUGGACAAACAACUCGCUCAGGGUGUACUGGCGUUCUCUGGGUCCUCAGGCCUAUAAACACAUAGUGGAGGUGUACGGAACCGGCGCCAACUACACCUGCAACGCCACGGCGGGGACCACGUACUGCGAUAUCCAGGAGGGAACCUGCGGGGAUGUGUACACGGUCGUCGUGGCACCAGUGGGYCAGGAUGGGCUCAAAGUCACCUUCUGCCUUCCCAGGAAAUAUUCUGUUCCCUGCCCUGGAAGUAAUGCUGGCAUGAUAAUCUCUCGUAGAAGACGAAGUGUGCAGUAAUUCUGAGUGAACAUCAUCUGAUCCACCAACAAGGACAAAUGACUGUUUUACACCAUGGAAAGUGCAAGAAAACACUAUUACUAAAUGUUUAAAAAUGUCUCUGAGAAUUGUUCGUGAAAAGAAAACUCAAGUAUAAAUAUAUUUUAUGAUAAAUAUAACAAUACAAAAGCCAUACAACCCACAAUAAACAGGAUACAAACUAUGAGAAUUAUUUUAGUAUCUUAAUGACAAUUUAAAAAAAUUACAGUUUAAAAGAGAAGUAAAUUGUCAAAUAUUUAAUCAUUUCUGAUGUAAUUUGAUUUAUAUUUGGUAAUUAUCAUUUGUCAAGAUAAGGUUUUGUGUCUGAGUGUGUUUUUGUUUGAAGCAUUUGCAAUUUAUCUCAUGAAGCAGAGGAUAGAUUUUAAUGAAAUUUUCAGAAAGUUAACCCAAAKCAAGAUGGCUGCCAAAGCUAAUUGUUAUUAGCUUAUCGCUCAGUUUCACAGAUGCUGAACUUAAUUUGGCAGAGUAGUAGCUGAGAGUCAGAACCUAGCCAAUAUGGCGCCCUAGUUAAGAUUACAAGUGCAGUUGUCUAAAUCUCACUCAGUUUACAGACAUUCACAUAUCAGAUUAAAUGGUUUUGUCUUUGAUAUUAUUUUUAUCUUUAGGAACAAGG